AUGCCAUGCGGAGCGGGAGAUAAACGUUUGUUAGGACAUCGAUGCCAUCGAUGCAGGCGGGACCAUCUCAAAUGUGAUGGGAAUCGACCGUGUGGGCGCUGUAGUAGAAAAAAGGUGGAUUGCAAUUCAUCGGAGCCUGCGCGAAGCAACCUGCAGGUGGUCUACUAUUCGCAUCCGGAUUCCUCGACGAUCCCCAGAGAGGUGCCCGCGGACCAGACUCAACAUUAUGCGCAAACAUUUUUCUUUGCUAUGGGACUCUCGCCAACAUUGCUGUCUGCUUUUUCUGCCCAGUCCAUUGGGUCAUUGCUCUGUGAUCACCGUUUGACCCAAGAGGCCAUAUCGGUGCUUGGAGGGCUUUAUGCAUGUUCUAACCCGAGCUUACUGAGUUUGCCGAGAGUGGCGAAACGAGAAUUGACAGCUCGAUGGCUUUCGUUGCAAGAACGGAUUGAGGAAGGCUUGCAGAAACCGCAGGAAGCUGACUUCGAUGGCAUCUUAGCCAGCGCGCUUCUCUUAAGCUUUGCUCAUCUUUUGGCAGAUACAUCGGGGAACUCCUGGCGUUCUUGGAUCUACCAAGUGCACACUUUUGCUGAAUGGCACAAUGUGGUCGGCCUAAAAACGUGUCGGCGGAAGAGUCUCCUUAGACUAGCACGCAUUUUGGACGCAUUCGCAGCGCUAUGUCUACAAGAAGAUAUCGAUUUAGUUUUAGCACCUCGGUGGAAUGAACUGGGUUUGAGAAUGUGUCAGCUCCAGUCCAUAGGCCAACCUCAACCUAUGCAGGGGAGAGACCAGUUCCUAGAUUACUUUGUCAACGACCUGGAAAUGUGGGCAAAAAUUCAAUAUUGGAUGAUCACUUGGGUGCGCCAUAUUAAUCAGCUUGAUGGGCGGAAUGGACGUCCUUCUACAGACACGCCCUCCGAGUAUGAAUUGAGAGGCAUUGAACUAUCCUGUAUUGCAUCACGUUUCCAGCGUGAUGUGAUUGCCAUUAUUACCUGGUAUACCAGCUGGGCCGAUGCGGGUGCCACAAGUAGCAUACUGCCCCUCUACCACUGUAUUAGCGUGGACAUAUCGAGAAUGUUCUGUGACCCUAGUUGGCUGUCUCUCAAUUGCCAUCUUCCUGCUAUGGAACGCCAAGUGAGGCACGCACAAGCAACCAGUGUACUUCAGCUUGUCGAGAAUAGCGUUUCGCAUCUACACCUGGAAGCCAUUAUUUACGCACCGACUCUAUACAUAGUGGGAUUGGAAAUGAAAAAUAAACCCGAGAGAGACCGGAUCCUCCAAAUUAUCUACCGGUUAAAACAGAAAGGCUUCUCUGUGAUUGAGCGAUUCGAGAGCACCCUUCAAGACUCGUGGCAGGGGUUGGACCUUUUUUGA